AGUAUCAAAACGUAAAUAAAACUAAGAGGAAUUUUUCGAAUAAAUUAAGCAUUUUCUUAUCUCAAAUAGCUUAAUAACAGUGUAAAAGAGUGGGUUUGUUGAAGCAUGAGCAAGUAACACUCUCGUGCACGCCUCGUGAUUUGUUGUUGAUACCCCAAUAAAGGCGACUAUAUAGGCAUUUCGCUCGUGUGUGAUCUCCGUCAGAUUGGCCUUAUCAGUUUUCCUUCUCCCCGCUUGUAAAGAUAACGAAGGAUUUCCCCUCCCGGAGAAACAAUCCACGAGCUAGCCAACAUGUCCGAUGGAAGCGGCAGCUCCAGCAUCAAGCAUGAAAUGAUGGACCCGAUGAAGAUGGAACCUUCCAGUCCGACAGAGAAGGAUCGAAACAGCUUGUACAAUUCCCGCUGUUCCAGUGCCGGCAGUGUCCACACUCCCACGUCGUCGGCUCACAAUUCUGAAGACGAAGAAGAUUCCGGCGAUAAUUGCAAAAACAGCAACAGUAGUACAUUGAGCUAUAAAGAACGUCGUCGGGAGGCACACACUCAGGCCGAACAGAAACGCCGCGAUGCCAUCAAGAAGGGAUACGAUUCGUUGCAAGAGCUCGUGCCCACUUGCCAGCAAACAGACGCAUCCGGGUACAAACUGAGCAAGGCCUCGGUACUGCAGAAAUCGAUUGACUAUAUCGGUUAUCUGCAUCAGCAUAAGAAAAAGCAAGACGAUGAACGAGCCUCGCUGCAGAAAGAAGUGAUGGCCUUGCGGAUCAUUCAGAAAAACUACGAAAAUAUGUUGCAACAUCAGCAACAAUCUCCGGGCAGAACCGAAGCUCGGUUGAGUGAUGAGGUCAAAUUUCAGGUGUUCAAAGCCAUCAUGGACGAGAUGUUUGUAUCGUUUGAACAGUUGCCGAUGGAUGAUUUUGCGGAACUAACCUCGGGUGUUAUCCCGUGGCUGGAAGAACACUGUAAGCCACAUUUGCUGCGAGAUGUAGUCAACAGGACUCUGAGUGGCAUAACUGCUUCUUAUGUGGCAGCCCAGCAGCAAAGCGGUUCCGGGUCCGGAUCAGGAAAAGCCAACCAACAAUCCGUCAAAAUGGAAUAGUUAAUGUGAGUACCUUUUAUUUGUUGAUUUUAUAAUAUUACCACUACAAGUUUACUAUCAAUGUUGCCAUUCGAUGUAUAAAACUAUGACUAUUAUAA